AUGAGUGCGACGACGACGGCGACGUCGAUGACGACAACAACAAUGACGAUGCCGCCGCUGACGACAACGACAACGACGACCAUAACGACAACGACAACAGCUGCUAGGACGACGACGACGACGACGACGACGACGACGACGACGACGACGACGACGACGACAACGAUAGCGAUGGCAACGAUGACGCCAACGACAACAACAACGACUACUACAAUGACGACAACGACGACGCCAAUGACGACGACGAUGAUGACAACGACGAAGACUAUGACGACAACGAAGACAAAUACAUUGACGACGACGACAUCGUGA